AUAGGAAGCAGGAUCUGGUGCCACAGUUUGCGUUAAUGGUUUGCAUUAAAUACUUUUUUCUUCUCUCUAAAACAGGAAGUCCAGUCACAUGCGCCUUAUUUACAGGAAACGGACCACUCGGAGUCGCUCAGCUCAUCCCAGCUCUGUGAAAGGUGGCAGUAAUUUCCCAGUCUCUUUCUUUGCCGCGUUUGGCUCCUCCCACUUUCGCUUUCGGGCCAAUGGUGAACAAUGUUUUGAGCACAAAGGCAGAGCACGUGCUGAGGUGCGCUAUAAAUGCAGCCCCCGGCCGCUCCGCAGCACUCUUCACUGCAGCUCAACACUUCUGAUGAAGGAAAAGAAAACUAACAUGGCAGGGGAGACCGAAGUUACUUGUCAGUCGUGCAGGUGCAGCAACCGCUGCCUGGGUCAACUCACCUUUCACCCUAGAGUCAAGGGGCGGCACGUGAAACUGAGUGCAGGUGAGCGGCGUGCCACCAGAAACCCGGCGUCGUUCUGUCACAGUGUGACUUUCAGCAACCGGACGCUGCAAGUUGGGGAGAAAGUGCGAGUGCGUGUGGAGCGCUGUGUAGACCAGUGGCAUGGCGCGCUCCGCCUCGGCUUCACCAGUGUGCCGCCUGGUUUAGGCUCCGUGUGUUCUGUGGUCAUUCCUGACCUCACGAACCAACAGGGAUUCUGGGCGACACCGAUACCGGAGAAUUACUGCUUCCCCAGAUCUGAGCUGUCGUUCUGGGUGACACGCACCGGAUACCUUCGCAUCCAGACAGAUGAUGGGUUUGAGCACAAACAAAAAAUGUUGCACAUGGACACGAGGAAGCCAUUCUGGGCCAUGAUUGAUGUAUACGGCCAGACAAGACAGGUCCUCUUACUAGGCUCAGAGAAGACGACUUUAUUCAGUACGCGCCGCUCCUGCUCCGAUCCCAAAAUCAGUGCUACAGAGGAAAACUGUGGCUAUGAACAGAUUCCUGAACAGACCCAGAAGAGGAUGAUGAAAAGACGGAGUCUUGAAUUGAGCCGUCCGUUCUGUGAAAGCAAUGCAGAUGAUGAUGCGCUCUGUGUAGUCUGCCUCUCCGAGCCUGCCAGUGUGUACCUGGAUUGCGGUCACACCUGUUUGUGCUCUCAGUGUGCCAAGAGGGUCAUCAGCGACCUCGGGACGUGCCCGUUAUGUCGGCGUUCUAUUCACAACUAAUGUUAAAAAAAAAAAAAUAUGCAUCAUGUAUAGCCUAUAAGGACUUUGGUAUUAAUAUUGAA